GCAGGAAUAAUCCUGAAAGGAUGCUUCAAAACUCCAGGCUGGAGCCAAGCAGCGCGUCUGUCUGGGCUGCAGCUGCAGGGGAGCCAGUCUGCAGGAUAAACUCGCACCUGGAGGGGGUCCCACUUCUACCUGCUCACCGGGUUUGCUGCGUGUUUGCAGCUCUGCGCGCUGCUGAGAGGAGCCACCUGGAGAACACAUCCAGCGCUGCUUGGUUUGGAUCUGAGGAGAAACUUUCAAAGCGGCGCCAUGGCGCGUUUCACCGAACCUCUGCUCCUCUUUCUGGUCAUCUUCAGCCCAGUUCUCACCGACUCUCCCACGGAGGAAAUUGAGGUUUUGGCAUUAUUGCCACAAAAUAACUCUUUUCUGUUUUCACAAUCAAGAGUCGCACCGGCGAUCCGUUACGCUCAGGACAGGCUGAGGGCGGAUCAUCCAGGCUUCCACUUCAACAUCCACUUUGAGGACUCCGACCAGGUCAACCACGCGCUGUUCGCGCUGGCAGACCGCUCCUGCAGCCGCAAACCGGACCUGAUCCUCGGUCCGGUCCGCGAGUACGAGGCGGCAGGUGUGGUGAGGCUGGCAUCCCACUGGCACAUCCCGGUGAUCUCCGCAGGUGCGCUGGCCACCGCCUUCAGGGACAAGCAGAGCGAGUACUCCCAGCUGACCCGCAUCGCCCCGUCCUACGUGAAGAUGGCAGGGAUCUUCAGCGCGAUGUUCGAGCACUUCACCUUGAGGAGCGCCCUGCUGCUGUACGAGGACGACCGGAGGGAGCGGGACUGCUACUUCACCCUGGAGGGGGUCCACCACCUGAUGGACCACUACGAUGUGGAGGUUGAAACUAUCCACCAGGAGCCAACUUUCAAAUAUGAAGACAUCUUCAAGACCAAUCUGGACAUGGAAGUCGUUAUCAUGUGCGCCGGAGCCAACAGGAUUCGGGAGAUCAUGCUUGCAGCACACAGACGUCAGCUGACCAAUGGCAGCAACAUGUUUUUUAAUGUGGAUCUCUUCAACGCCUCUUCUUAUGGAAACGGUUCAUGGAGGAGGGGCGAUGAGUUUGACGACGAGGCGCGGCAGGCCUACGCCUCCCUGAACACAGUGACUCUUCUCAGGACAGUCAAGCCAGAGUAUGAGAACUUCUCCAUGGAAAUGCAAAGGUCCACAGAGGAACUAGGCCUGUAUGGCUGUGAUGAUUGUGGAAAUGUCAACAUGUUUGUGGAAGGAUUCCAUGAUGCUUUGGUGCUUUAUGCCAGUGCAUUAGAUGAGUGCAUGAAGAGUGGUUGCACAAAGAAGAACGGCACUGAGAUAACGUCACGCAUGUGGAACAGAACCAUUGAAGGAAUUGCUGGCCAGGUAUUCAUAGAUGCAAACGGCGACAGAGUCAGGGAUUUCUCUCUGAUGGCCAUGACCAACGUUGAAACGGGAAGCUAUGAGGUGGUAGCCAACUACUUUGGGAAGAAUAAAAGCUUUCAGUUGUUGCCUGCCUUCAGGAGUGAUCAUUUCACCCUGAAGAGAAGACAGGAGGUGCCAGAAAAAGAAAAAGAAGUGGAAAAUCCUUCAUGUGGACUGGGAGUAUCAGCCUUAACCGGAGUCACGGUUGGAGCUGUUCUUGGAGCGGUGAUGCUGAUAGCGUUCUACUUCUUCAGAAAAAACUACAGGAUAACCAUUCAGCGGCGCACACGUGGCGAUGAACCCGAAUCCGUGAAGCACCAUCAGUUACGAGAAGACUCCAUUAGAUCAAACUUCUCUGCAGCGUAAUCCGCGGUGAGGACGGGUUCCUUCCAGAGGAUCAUACGUAUGAAUGUGGCCAAAGACUUCAUUGUUUCCAGCUGUGCCAUGUCAUCUGCAAACAGACUUUUCUGGUUUUAUUCAGGACGGUUUUACUUCUUAGAACCUGGGACUGCUUUAACAGGAAUAGAGCCCCAUCAGCUCACACAAUGACACCAGAAUAAAGUUCCCUGGUGAACUGAAGAGCUCACCAUUUUUUUUUCUUUCAGUGUUUUUUCCACCAGUUUUCCGUUUAUUCUGAAGCUAAUGGAAAUGAUCUGUCUUAACUGAGCUAUUUCAUGUUUUAUCCUGAGGUUUAAGCUCCUGAUUUAUAUUUUCUCUUUUCAAAUUUUAAAUGGACUUUUAUUCAAAGAUUAAUUUAGGCUGUGUCAAACACAAGAUUUGUGCAGGUUUGACAUUAAUUAUUUAUUUGUUUAUUUCUCAUCAUCAUAAGUAGGUCAGUGAGAAUCCUUUAUUAUUACUAUUACUGCAAAUAUUUGAUAUUGGAACUAAUCUGGUUGUUUUAAGGUUUUUAGAUUGAAUGUUUCUCUCAGUGAAGUUAAAGAAAGAAGUUUAAUUGAUUACAACUUUGGUAAUUUGUUUGUUCUGUUUGACCCACCGGUCGAAAAAAGUCCCACACUGCAAAAAAUUGAAAUCUAAAAUAAAGUAAUUGUAUUUUCUCUUGA